CCUGUUCAAGGCAUGAGUGCGGUCAGAAUAUUUAUGCUCUUAACAAAUCAGUCACGAGUAGGCGAAUCAAUAAAACCAAUUGGAGAGUUUUGCUAUGUUCAACCUCCAGCAUGAGCUGGGAGGCGGGCGCAAGCCGCUGAAUUGUUGAGACGUUUCCGACGCUGAAUUGCGAGUGAUCCUCUUAUUUGCAUUGCCAUGAGACGGUGGUGUUGCGUGAGUAGGCGGCUGUUUGUGGUGUGACUUCACUUCUGGGGUUAGUUUAGAAAAGCAAGCACACAAGUACUUUGGCAAUGGCUUCGGAAGUGGAGGAAACUCUGAAGCGGAUACAGUCGCACAAGGGCGUCAUUGGGACAAUCAUCGUCAACUCAGAAGGGAUUCCCAUCCGCACCACUCUGGAGAACUCGCUAACGGUGCAGUACUCGGGCCUCAUCAGCCAGCUGACGGACAAGGCGCGCUCAACCGUGCGCGACCUGGACCCCACCAACGAUCUCACCUUCCUCCGCAUCCGCUCCAAGAAGCACGAGAUCAUGGUGGCACCAGACAAGGAGUACAUCCUGAUAGUCAUCCAGAAUCCAAACGAAUAACCCAUCAGCAUGGAAUGCUGUCAGAUCGGUCCCAAGUCUGACCGAAGUCUGUUCAUGUGUUGACCUGUAUUUAUUUGAUGCUUGCCGGCUGCUGGUUGCGUCGCUACGGAACCUGCUGCUUGGUACUCGUUGAAACCCAAUCGCUGAUGAUGAUCUGUUUGCACGCGUUGAACUCUUGGCGUUUUGCGUUGGUCGAAGACCAAAUUGCACGGUUAUGCUUUCAUUGGUGCCUAGCUAGAACAGAACGGCUUGAACGAGGGGCAUUGUCGUAUGAUGCGUUUUCUGUAUGUCUAACUGCAAUGACGUGUUCUGGCGAGUAUAGCGUUUACACCAGUAACCAAAGUUUCCCUGGUUUUGUGCCCAGCGUGCCGUGCACACCGAGGUGCUGCGGACAGCGAAAUGUUCUGGCUGGUGGGACUUGUUUCUGAACGUGUUCUUGAGACCGAAGCCCGAGACCGAGGUCGUCUUGAAUUUGCUUGCACCGACUGAUUGCAAACUCUACCAGUACCUCGUUUGCUCGGUUAACUGGCGUAGGCACCAAUGAUUGGCGUUGGGUCUGGUGUACGUCACAUUGCAGGAUUCGCAACGGCCUGUUACGAGUCGUCUGCCUUGAAACCGUAUUGACCUAAACACGGGCGAUGCAUGGAGCACAUACCGCGAGGUAGCGGGUAUCUAGUGACGUUUGCGAUUCAGCAAGCGAUGAAUCACGAACGUCAUUUCAACAACUGUUCUGAAGCGAAGCGGAUCAUAACACUUGUUUAACUGUGUAUGGCUCAGUAUGAGUCGUCAUCGUCAUUGGCACUUAAUGACGCGCUCAGCUGUUGAGGCUAUAUGGCGUCAUCUGCAUAUCACCGCGGCAGGAAGGGCGAGCACCGCGGCGAAUCGAAUUCCGUACCUCUGAGUCAAUGCUACUGAAUAGAACUCAAUUUGAGCGU